AUGAAGGUCUUUUCAACCUCUCUCUGCUUCGGACUCCUGGCUUUGCUGUCUGUGAUGAACCUUUUAAAAUCUGCGCAUGGAAGACAACCUCUGAUCGCAGGACAUGAGCUGUUUCCAGCUAACGAACACACAAUUCAAGAGAAACUCCUGCUGGCUCUGCUGAGCCACCACCCCGGUUUCCAGAGGCCCUCCCACACCGGUGUAGAUCUGCCCAUUAGCCCAGAAGACCUUAAACAGCUUGUUUUUGGAAAUACUGUGUCUGAGUCUUCUCUGGAUAUCCAAAAGGAAAGAGCACCUAGGAAGAUGAAUAUUCUCUUGCUUCAAGUUCGCCUCUGUUUCCGGCCUUAA